CUUUUUCGCACCAUUACAAGGAGGGGGAGGGGGACACAACUUUUCUGCCCACGUCUUGUUACACUGCACACUCUUGAGUUUAGAAAAUCUCGUUCCUUAUGCAGCAAUAUUAAACCUUGGAAAUAUGCAAUAUAUGAUUGGAUAAGAAUGCUAAUUGAGAGCUGUACAUAUGUUUAUUCACCCCUAACCCCAAUUAGCAUUUUAGCUUUGCCCCUGUACAUGGUCGAAAAAAUGGGCACCUAUGGCACCUUGAAAGGGCUUACAAUGCAUUUGUAAGGUCUAUGUUAAGAAUAAAUAUUUUAUGGUUAAGACUUACUACAGCAAUCAUGGAGCACCAAAAUGUUUGCAAGAAAAACAAAGAAUUAUAUGAAAUGGUGAUUCGACUUCAAGACGUAAUAAGUCAGCUGAAUUACCAAAUCAAUGAAUUACAGUCAAUACUGAAUGGCAAGGACAAUGAACUAAUGAUAAAAGUUAAUGAUCUCCUAACGGAAAAGAUUCGAAUAGAAAGGUCAAUGAAUGCCAAGCAAUAUUUUGCCGAAAAACUAUUAAAAGAUAAUGAACGUCUCAAAGGUUUAGGUAAGAAAAUUGCCUCGCGCGAACUUGAUGAUGAUGAUGAUGUUAUUGAUGGGAAAGAAGAUGUUAGGAAUGUGACUCAUGAAGAAGAAAAAAGGGUAGGUUGACGAAGAUGUUCUCAAUGCAAGAGUGGAAAAAAUGACAAGAGAAAUUCGCGAAAAAGAUGAGCUCAUUCGAAGUCGUGAC